UUGGUUCCACCUCGAAGUCCAGCCUCCUGUCAAUAGUUGUUUGGUUGUUUGAGUUGUCAACAACUGCAGUUUGGGAAACAGUGAAACUAAAGAAGAAGAAGAAGAAGGGGGAGGAGGUGAGGUGAGGUGAGAAGUUGUGAGAAAAAGAAAGUAACGAGACGGUUUGGCCGAUAAGUAAUCGACUCCACAGGUGUUUUUGUCGUGGUGUUGGAGCUGGAGUGGACAUCAAGAGUAACGUCGGUAACAUAGUUAGAAUUAGUUAUUGAGUAGUUAUUAGUUAUAGAAGUUGUUGUGUCGUACAAACAGCGAGGUUAUGCCGUGACAUAUUUUAAUAUAUAUAUAUAUAUAUAUAUAUAUAUCAUCACAUAACAAUUGAGUCUUAGUGGUGGACCAUGUCAGCAUCACCAGCAGCAGCAGCAGCAGCCAGCUCAUCCCAGCAGCAGCAACAGCGGGUUAAACACAGCCGCUCCCCCACCGCCUGCUGCACGUCUUCUAUCAACAACAACACAGUCCGGACGCAGCCCAUCCGAGCAACGGUGCCGUACCAGCUUUUGUGUGGAAACCAGCACAGCCCAACCCGUUUCGCUUCCUCCUCCUCCUCCUCCUCAGUAGCCGGGAGCAACGCAGGACCGACGACGUCCCGUUGCUCCAGUCCCGCCAACCCGAGUGGAAGCGGCUCGGACGGCAGGCUGGUCCGCAGGCAAAGACUCUCCCAGCCGGACAGCAGAGGCUCACCAGAAAGCUCCCCACAAUCGCCAACCUGCAAAGCUGACAGGACAAAGACACAGGACGUGUGCAGUUCUGGGGCCAUUGCGUGGACUCCCUCCUUGGGUACUAUCACUGGACCCUACCUCGCUGGACAGUGGCCUCUUGACCUUCAUGUGCUCUACCCAUCUUGUAUGAAAGAUAAAUCUACACAGACUCCUGGAUGUUGGAGUGACGAAUCAGGAGAGGAGAAGAGCACCCACCAACGCUCUGCGUCCUGGGGCAGCGCUGACCAUCUCAAAGAGAUUGCGAAGCUCCGGCAGCAGCUCCAGCGGCGCAGUAAAAAAGGAGGCCGUCGCAGUAAAGACAAGGAGCGAGUGUCCUCCCUCCAUUUCAACGCCGUCGCCUACACUGCCCUCACCAGCACGACCAACCACACCUCCGCAGCCAGCCACGUUCAGCACUUUUCCAUGUCGAAGUCGGCUCAGAUGCCGCUGUCCAACAUCACUGUGCCAAAGCCCUCCAUCUCCAGGGUGCCCAGCAGCAUGGAGGGCAUCAACCAUGAGCUGGAGAAAGUCUUCAUUAAAGACAACGGAGAGAAGGAGGAGCUCAAGUCUCUGGAGGUCCCCGACGGCCGACGAGCACCCUUCCCGCCUCAGCAGCGCAGCAGCAGCAGCCGAAGCGUGGACACCCAGACUCCCUCGGCCCCGGGGCGGUCCAGCAGCUGCUCCAGCCUGUCGCCCUGCCCCUCGCCAGCUUGCCCACCAGGAUCACAUGACGGCAGCCCCUACUCCACAGAGGAUCUACUGUAUGACCGGGACAAAGACAGUGGGAGCAGCUCACCGCUGCCCAAAUUCGCCUCCUCGCCCAAACCCAACAACAGCUACAUGUUCAAGCGAGAGCCGCCAGAGGGCUGCGAGAAGAUUAAAGCGUUUGAGGAAAUGAGCUCAAGGCAGUCCACGUCGGCACCGGUCCCGCUCUUCUCCUGCCCGGACAAAAACAAGGUCAACUUCAUCCCGACAGGUUCUGCAUUCUGCCCCGUCAGGCUCCCCGGCUCCCUGCACCUCAUCCCCGCCUCAGAGCCCGAGGAGGACGAGGACGACGCGGAGCCUCAGGGAGCCGCGUCGCUCUCUGGCGCUCCCUCUCAGGUCUCCACGAGCACCAGCACAGAAGACCCCCCCGAGGAGGCCGGCUCACCUACAGAGACUGCAGACAGCCAGACAGACAGCCAGGCCAUCAGCUAGACCUGAGCGGAGCUGGCCUCUGGCUCUGGGAUCCACGCUAGCCAACACCGACCAUCACCACUAACUGCCCCACCAACACACCUCCCUCUGCUCUGCCAGGGGAGUCUGCGACUCUCUGUGCUGCCCCCCCCUCCCCCUUCCACACACACACCCCUUCACUAUCUCUGCAUGACAUAGCAACAGUGUCUCCAGUAACCACCACCACAACCGCCACCAACAAAAAAGACUCGCCACCGUGAUGUUCUUGGUCGAGAAGAGCCUGAUGGUUAAGAGGUGAUCACAGAGGGAGAGAGAGAGAGAGGGAGAGGGUGGGGGGGGGCAUGCAUUUUAAACUGGUAGUCUGAUUAAAUUAUGUGUCGUGUUCCGUUUCAACAAUCACAGUAUGAAUAAGCUCUAUACAUAUAUUGAUAUAUAUAUAUAUAUAUGCUUAUAAACAUACAUAUAUAAUUCAGGAUUUCCCUUAAGCUUCUGUGGGGCUUAGGUGCUGAUUUUCUUAUAAAAUAAUGUUAUUUUUGAUCUCGUCUCUCACAGCACACUAUUAUUAUUAUAGUUUAUUAUUAACGUAAUCCUUCGUAUCUCACGCCGUGCGCCCCACAGAAUAACCCGCGGCUUCUGGAAUAAGACGUGUAGCGUGUGUGAAUGUGAACGACCGAUGAAGAUGAUGAUGAAGUGACACAGUGGCCACUGAGUGAGUCAUUUUCAUCUCGCUCGCUCAUUCCUCUCAAGUUCAACCUCAUCGUCUGUGACUGAGGCGCUGCUUUCAUUUCUGCACAUUUUCACACACAUUGUGUGAUGUGUCUAUAUUUUUUCUGCCCCGGAGCAGCCGAGUGUGUCACAGCAGCCUUCAGAGAUGUCCGCAGGUUUUAAAAAAAUGCACUAACCAAAACCCCCUGGUAUGGUUGAUUUUUAGAGGCCAAUCACAGAAAUAUUCUGUCAGUUUUUGUUUCAAUUUUUCAGCACAAGGUGUGAACACCGAGCACUUAACAAGGCCUUUACAACCCCAAAAUAUCAACAACGAAAAGAAAACAGUAACGUCAAGAGCUCCACACGCUUUUCCAAGGCAGUUGUGCCAUUUUUUGGAAUGAACACAUAUCGUCUUAAAUGAAUCGUUUCUCCUCCAGAGAGUAACUGUCGGGACACAAUUUUCUUCUCCGUGCUUCACAAUAAUGCUUUGCCCAAGUCUGAUAGUAGGGAAAACCCUGUAUAUGUAUGUACACACAUAGAUCAGCCACACUGAACUGAAAUGACUCUCUGGUUUCCUGUUGUGGCUCAUCGUUCUGUGUGUGUGUGUAUAUAUAUACGCAUACAUAUAUAUGUAUAAAAUGCGCGUGUGUGUAGGUAUGUAUAUAUGUAUAUACUGUAUAAUAAGAAAGACAUAUGCUUGUUUAAAAAAGAAAGAAAAAAAAAUCCAAAACUGUGUAUUUGCUGUGUUGCGUACUGAACAGGAGGAAACAGCUGUAUUAUAGAGAUUGGAUUAUGUUUACACUAUCCAGGUCACGUGAUUGAAACCCUGUAAUGAUAAUUUGGACAAAGACAAACAAACGACGAAAUGGCCACAAAUUGUCUGCAUCUGGCCUCGCUUCAGGUAUUUCACAAUCAGAGUCUAUACUCAGGUAAUCUGGAAUGUAUGUCCAUACAAAGAUCUGCGGAUUAUCUGCAGAUUCCCCCUCACAUUAAUCCCCCAGUCAUUUCAGAAGAAUCAGGGUCUUGGAGCUGAAACUGCAGCUGUAGAGGCUGAUGGGAUGGGGUCGG